AAUCCAAGCUCUCUCUAAAUGUCAGAAUGGUAGCCAAUGCCAUAUCGACAUAGAAAGUAGGCUUUUCAAGAAGAAAAUUCUUAAGAGCGAGGUCAGGAGGGUGCUGCAAGGAGAGGCGUGGCCUGAAGAAGGCUGACCUCAUUUGCAUGCCUCGCCGCUAUUGGACAGGACGCGUUCCAUUUCGCCACUACAAGGCGCCUCGCUCUUUCGGGAGAAGGAAGGAUUCCGUGGGCCACCAUGUCCGAGCAAGCUGAGCUCAGCGGUCUCACGGAUGAAGAGGCCUACAGCGCCUGCUCGGACCCCCAUCCCAGCACCAAGGAUUUUCUGAUGCAACAGACAAUGCUGAGAGUAAAAGAUCCUAAAAAGUCACUGGAUUUUUAUACCAGAGUUCUUGGGAUGACCCUCCUACAGAAAUUUGACUUUCCUACCAUGAAAUUCUCCCUCUACUUCUUGGCAUAUGAAGAUAAAAAUGAUAUUCCAAAAGAUGCAAAAGAGAAAACUGCCUGGACAUUUUCCAGAAAGGCCACAAUAGAACUGACACACAACUGGGGCACUGAAAAUGAUGAGAAUCAGGCUUACCAUAAUGGCAAUUCAGACCCUCGAGGAUUUGGUCACAUUGGAAUUGCUGUUCCUGAUGUAAAUGCAGCUUGUAAAAGAUUCGAAGAGCUGGGAGUGAAAUUUGUAAAAAAGCCAGAUGAUGGUAAAAUGAAAGGACUGGCUUUUGUUCAGGAUCCUGAUGGUUACUGGAUUGAAAUUCUGAAUCCUAAUCAUAUGGUGACCCUAACUUAGAUUUGAAUUACUAUACCAUUAUAUUCCAUGAAGAAACUGAAGAUGGUUAUCAACAUCCUCCUUGAGAUUUUGAAUACUGGAUUAAGAAAAAAACAUUUAUAUAGUUAUUUAAAAGCCCAUUGAGCACAUACAAGUAGUUCCACAAUUUGCUUUCCCCUCCUCAGGCAGCAAAGUGUUUUGUGCCAGCCCUUCCAACUGGUCUCCAAAUAGUCUUGCUUCUAAGGACAAAGAACGAGUAAGCUCUCUGCUUCUCCAGUGUUCUUUUAGCUUAUGAGGAGCCAGUUUGCCAUUUUGCCUACAUGUAGCAAACCUGGGCUUGUUACAGGCUAUACACAGAGGUUUCUAAUUUUUUCUCUUCAUGCAUGAAGGAAGGAGGGCAAGACAUGGGACUUAUUGCCCCAUGGUCUCAUAAAGAAGUCAGAUCUGUGGCUUAUGGUAAUCAUGAUUAAGAUCUUAUACCUAUAGUUUAAGAUUCGAAAUAUACAGAAAGUAAACAAUGGUUUACAGUUUCUUGUCUUCUUUCUGUCUUUCAUUAGCAUAGAUUUUCACAAAUGCAUCAUGUGGUACAGCAGCCUUUUAAGAUAAAGCAACAGCCAUCAACUGUUAUGUAUCAAUGGUUUUUUGAAUUCAGAUGAAAUAACAAAUUAUAAUUAGUACAAAUCCUAACAGAGCUUGAAUAGAUUUACACACAGAAAUGCAAAGAAAUAAUUUGGCAUGGUAUCAGAAACCAAUAUUGUCUAGCAUUUUGAUUGGUUAGAUUAUUUUGUGUAGACAUCUUUAUUGUAACAUCCUUCUCAGGUCUGUCUAAUUUCAGAAUACUGUGCAGCUGUAAUCUCAUCACAACCCUAAAUAAAAUCUUUGAAAAUUUUGUUUAAAAAAUAGCUACAUUUUCUUUCAUUGAAUAUGCCUACAAAAUAGAUUUAGCUCUAACUGGCGAUGAGCUUUAGAGCUGUAAAUAUUAAAUGCUUGUGAGCAGAAAAAAAAGGUCUUGCUCUUUUUUCUUAUGCAAGAGCAAGGCAUAGUGCAGCUCCCAACGCUGUUUCUGCGGCCCACAAACUUUCCAGAUUCCAUUUGUCUUCCCCUCUCCUCCCCCCAAGAAGAGUGACCUUCCUAUCCUGGAAACUUCCAGGAACACUAAUUCACCUUGUAGUAAGAAUCAAAGGAAUGAAAUGGGUUCUGUUUAAACAUCUCUGGAAAAGGAGAGCCUGUCACCCACUGAGUCAAUCCACUUCCAAACAACUCUAUACGAUCAACCAUUUUGUCCUAAUGUUUAAGCAGAAUCUCUUUUUUCUAAGAUAUCACCCAGUGCCCAAGCAUUUGUACUGGAAAUGGUGCUUUUUAACUAGGUCAUACAUUAUAAAUCAAAGAUAAUUAUAUAUAAAUAAAUUGGAAUUGAGGAUGAGCAGUGAGAAUGCCAGGUUUCUGAUGACACCAAAUUGUUGACAGCAUUUGACUAAUCACAGGAUUGUGAAGAACACUUCAGAAAUUCUAUUCUAAUUGGGGUCAAUAGGUGGCAGGAGCUCCCUGUACUGUUUCACAUUUAAAAUACCUGUUUUUCCAAGCCACUGAUAGACUUUUAGUGAACUUCAAGGCUUGGGGAGAUGGGUUGGCAUUUUUGUCACUACACAUGAAUCCUGCUUGAUGCCAGAAGCAAAAGAACUAGUGUUUUUGCCCUUUGUAAUUGCCUAACCCUGAUAAAAUGGCAAGUCCCCAUGGAAAUGUAUCCCGCCUUUAUGCUUACUGAUAAGUCAAAUUAUUUUAUCACACAACAAAAAAAUCCAUGCAGUUCAUGAAAAUAAAAGGCUUAUAAGGGACUUCAUAUUAUCUAUUCAGAAGUUAAUCAUGGACAUUAGUAAUUUGUAAAUGUGCAUAGCAUUUUAACCUUCACCUGAGCUCACUAGGUAAUGCUCUUGGAAGAAAAACACUUGUUAGAACUGGAUAGGACCCCCUAGGGCCAUCUAGUCCAAUACACCAAGCUUUUGAAUACAUGGCAGUUAAAGGUGACAGGGACUGGCCCAUUCCCCAUGUGUUUCUUAAUUGGGAUCAGUGGUAGCAAACUGCUCAAAAAGGAAUAGAAUACUAUCUCUCUGCUUUUUAAGCAGAUAACUGAAGUCCUGAGAUUAGGCCAGAUGUGGUGGAAGCUCCUUCCUUGGAGACUUUUAAACAGGUUGGAUGGUCAUCAGUCUGGGGUAAUUUGUACUUUUCCUGCAUGAUGGGAUUGGACUAGAUGGCCUAUGUGGUCUCUUCCAACUCUUAUUCUAAUGUCAGUUACAUUUAUGUCCCUCCUUUCCACCAAUGUGCUCGAUUUGUGGUAUGCUACUAAGUGCAGACAAAGUUAGGUCAUUUUCACCACUCAUCACUUUGGGUGACAUUGGAAAGGGCACCAGAGUGGAGGGGGGAAGAGAAGGACCUGUCCCCUCCUUUUUCUCAUUCUCCUAUUGCCUCAUCUCUUCAGCAGGCAUCACUCCCAAUGAAAAGUGACAGGCAUGACCCUUGUCCCCCUUGCUGGCCAUCCUCACAGGGAGGGUGGGAUUGUGAGUGUCACUCGGUGUUGGGACACCUAUUAAAUGGUUAUGUCCAGCUCCAUCUCAGAACUGGUCCAACUGUUUAAUGAGCCCAAAGUUGCAAUUUGCUCUGAAUUUGGGGGAAGAAUUUGGAGCAAACCACAACUUUAGUUAAUGCAUUUUCACAUUCUGCUCCAUGCAUUGUUUGGCCACUGGCCCUUCAUGCAUAGUGACCCAUGCAGAUGUGGCCUUUAGUUGAUAUGCCAUGACUUUUUCAAGUGUGUGUGUGUGUUUUGGUAUAAAGUGUUACAUAUUGACUUAGUUUAAUGAUACAUAUUCUGAAUUGUAGACAUCUAAAACAUGGAUCCGUCACUUUUUGUUGUGAUAUAUUGUUUACCUAUGAUCUAUCAUUGAUUUUAAAGUGACAGUUGAGUUCUGGAUGUGUCUUGGUAUUCCUGAGGUUUACAGAUCUGACACAUGAGUCAGUAUUAAGAUCUGUGUUUAUGUAAGCACAUUUAGAUUGUGCAACACACACUUGGCCAAAUAAUCCUAACUAGUCUUAGAAAUGUGUGCAUUGUUAGCACUGCUUUAGAUCUUCUUUAUGGAUUCAAAUAAACUUAUUUUCAAGUUUAA